CCGCAGAGCUCUUUGCAGGGAGAGAGUCAUUCUGGACGCUGUCGAGUUUGAACGCCGGUAACAUUUGGACUACCGGAACAUCUCGACCAGCGCUUCGUCAGGGUCUUCAGCACAUGUUACAUGUCAUCGAACGCUUUGCAUGCAGGUACUCAGCUGCACGAUCCUGUUCCAACUUGUCACUUCCCAGAACUUCUACCUUCCUCAAGGACCCGAUGGACCUGCGCCCAACCAGCACAUCCUUCCCCCCGGUUACGUUCCCUUCAUUACCUCUGAAUCUAAUCAGAAGCCCUCCUUCUUUCGACGACCCUUCUUCCCUGGAAACGGUGGAGGGCCUAGCCGUCCACCGGGCAGGUCUUUCUUCGGAAUAAAAGCCCCAUCAUUCUUGUCGGGCUUAAGAGGAUCUGGAAGCUCCCCGCGCCCUAGCUUCUUCUCCUUCGGCAAACCACAAGCACCACCGGCGCCCGCCAUCCCACAUUUUCCUGUUCAGCAUUCCCUGCAUCCUGCUGCUACACAGUACGCGUUCCAGGCAACAAACCUUCCCCCUAAUGGCAUCAGGCUUCCCCCUCCACCUGGAGCUCUUGUCGGGGGGUCAUCAGGACCUUCAGCGUUCGUGGGGAGUCACCUUAUACCGAGCGACGAUUAUUCCGACAACCAAGCUGAAGAGGACGGACCCGCACAUAACUACGCAACAGUCCCUCUCUAUCAGCAGCAGCAGCAGCAACAACAACAGCAGCAGCAGCAGGGUUCGUCUUCCUUCUCGAGCGGUCCGGGCGAACAGGACAGCUAUCAGCAGCAAGUUAACUCCGUGAUUCAGCUGACAACGCAAGGGAACGGUGAUUACAGUCAGGCGUACCCGUUCAGGACGCAAGGAAUACCGUCGAGCGUACUAAAUGGGGUCAUCUCUGCUCAGCUUGGUGUUCCUGUCAGUCUAGCUGGUUAUCCAGAUAACCCAGUCCCUAUUCCUAUCGGAGCAGCAGGGCAACCUCAACAGCAGGGUGAUUCUUCGGAUGGUUCUUCGUAUGGAUCCCCACAAACCGACUCGUAUCAAUCUUCUAAAGAUACAGGAGGCUCGAAGGACCAGCAAGAUAGUUCGGUGUACCAGGGAGGAUACCCUCUGCAGCAAUUGAAUGGGGGAUAUGGCAGUGGGUACGAUGCUUCCAGUGGCUCUGCAGGCGGGUAUGGCUCACCUGCUGGCUAUGGCACACCUUCCGGCGGAUAUGCUUCAACAAGUUCAGACGGCUCCCAAUAUCAGUCUUCUCCUCAGGUUUCUCAGGCAGUCGGUUACACGCAGUCAACGAAUUCUCCAUAUGGUAGUGCUGGUGCUAGUUACGGCAGUUCAGGCCCCACCGGAUACGGAGUAGCAAAUAGGUUUGUUGGUGGUGCCGCAUCUGGCUCGUACGGAAGCAACGCUGCUACAGGGCUCUUCAGCCCAUCUGGUGGGUACGGUGCCGGAGGAAACAGGUUUGUGUCUAUCGGCAGUGGAUACGCAGUUGGAACGUCAGGCGGUUAUGGCUCGAGCAGUCAAGGAGGAUACGGAAGCCAAGGAAGCCCAGGCUAUGGGUUGACCUCUGGUGGGUCGUACGGCACAACCUCCAGCGGAUUGUCGAACAAGAAUGUCGGGUACGGCACAGCUACUCCAAUUUCUGGGUAUUCCGGCCAGUACGGGUCGAGUCUAUCUUCAUCAGCUGGUUAUGGAAGCGCAGGAAGUAAGUACUCUCCUACAUCUGGAGACUAUGCCAGCGGUUACGGUCUUACACCCGUUAAGGGUGGCUCAAACGUAGCCUACGACAAUAGCUCACCAACGUACGGCCAGAGAGUGAAUUCCGCCUCUCAAGUUUACAGCACCCCAGUUUCAACGUCGUACUCUUCAAAACAACCAUCUUCAGGCUACAGCGGCGGCGGCGCUACGUCGUACAAAACAUCUCAAGGCUCGUCAGCGGCCUUAGCUCAAGCCUUAAAAGCAUACGCCGUUGGUAACGUCAAGUAUGUAUCUGGAAAACCAGCGACACCAACGGUGGAUUCAUCGUACACAAGCUACAGUGCCAGCUCUGGAUCAUCGUCUGGAUACAAGUCCCACUACCCAACUAAGUCGUCUUCCUCUUCACUGGGCAAAUCCGGAACGAGUUCCUUCGGCUAUCCCGACAGUUCCGACAAGGAUUCGAGCAAGUCAUCUUACGAGCAAAGAACAGUCGGACAGACAUUAAGGGUCAGUGGCAGCGACAGCAGCGCCAACGGUGAGAAGUACACUUCGCCAUCAAGGACAACGACGAAGACCAGCAAAGGAACAACGUCGUAGGGAAUUGAUCAUGAAGGAUUCAGGACACUGGCAACUAGGAUAACGACGUGAAUAUAAAUAUUCAUAUAUAAGUUCAGGUAGACGAUCGCUACGUCUGUACAUAUAGGUCAAGGAUAAGUUGAAGGCAAAGCAAGGAUGAUUAUUAUUGUGUUAUUGGAAAUACUCGUUUAGUUCAUCGACCAAUCUCAUAUUAUUCUCAUCAUGACUGUCUAUUCAUCAGUUCAUCGUUCUUUUGUAUUAUAGUCCCCAGAUUACUGGUUUCCUUUCUCACUCUCUUUUGUUCCGCCCUUAUUUUAAAGUUUACGUCAAGUUGAUGUAUUUAAGCGACGAUUGUUUUAGAGAGAGAGAAAGAAGCAUUUUGAUUUAUUCCAUUCUAUUAUUUAUGGAACGCUGGAAGUUUCUUUCACAUCCGCGCUUCACAUUGUGCUUACAAAAGAGAGAAAGAAAAGCACACAUUUUUGGAAUGUAAAAUGUGAAGUAAAAACUGUUGACAUGUACCGGA